GCAGUGCUAUUUUCGAACUUAUCAGCAUGGCGCGCAUACUUAGUUGUAUCGUUAUUUCUCUAACUCUAACCGGAGCUUUCGCUCAAAAAGAUCCUCAUUUCGCCCCAGGAAGAAACACCAUCGUUCACUUAUUCGAAUGGCAUUGGGCGGACAUUGCCAAUGAAUGCGAAAAUUUCCUCGGUCCCAAAGGAUACGCAGGAGUUCAAGUUUCACCUCCGAGUGAAAACACGAUUAUUGGCAACAGACCAUGGUGGGAAAGGUACCAACCAAUCAGUUACAAUCUUGUCACGAGAUCCGGUGAUGAAAAUGCAUUCGCAGACAUGGUAAGGAGAUGCAACAACGUUGGCGUGAGAAUUUACGUCGACGCUUUGUUCAACGACAUGUCCGCUACAUCAGGUCAGGGAACUGGAGGAAACUCGGCUGAUGUAGGUAGCUUGAACUACCCCGCAGUUCCAUACAGCGGCGAAAACUUCCACAGCAAAUGCGACGUAAACAACUACCAGGAUCCUAACAACAUCAGAAACUGCUGGCUAAGUGGUCUUCCUGAUUUGGAUCAGAGCCAGGAAUAUGUACGAGGAAAACUUGUGGACUACAUGAAUCACUUAGUUAGCUUGGGAGUAGCAGGAUUUAGAAUUGACGCAGCUAAACAUAUGUGGCCACAGGAUCUCCAGGUAAUUUUCAGCAGAGUCAACGACGUUAGUAUGGGUGGAAAACCUUUCUUCUACCAAGAAGUAAUUGAUUUAGGAGGUGAAGGCGUAAAGAAGACUGAAUACAUUGGUUUCGGUACAGUAUUAGAAUUUAAAUUCGGUAAUGAGCUAGGUAACGCCUUCCAAGGGCACAAUCCCAUCCACUAUCUCAAAAACUGGGGCCCACAGUGGGGUUUGCUAGAAGGAACUGACGCUGUAGCCUUCAUUGACAAUCACGACAAUCAACGCCACGGAUCUAGCAACAUUCUGACUUACAAAAACCCAAAACCCUACAAAAUGGCAAUCGCUUUUAUGUUGGCCCAUCCUUACGGAACUACUCGUGUCAUGUCUAGUUACUCUUUCGAUGACGCUGAUGCCGGUCCACCACCAAACCAACCCUCUUUCAACGCCGAUAAUUCCUGCAACAACGGAUGGGUGUGUGAACACAGGUGGAGACAAGUCUACAACAUGGUAGGAUUUAGGAACGUUGUAGCAGGAACCGACGUAACUAGCUGGUGGGACAACGGGGACAAUCAAAUUGCAUUCAGCAGAGGUGACAAAGGUUUCGUUGCUUUUACCGUAAGCGGUGACAUCAACCAAAACAUACCCACCACCUUGCCAGAUGGUAGUUACUGCGAUAUCAUCUCCGGUGACAAGGAAAAUGGAUCAUGUUCUGGUAAAACCAUUACAGUCAGCGGCGGACAGGCUAAUGUCAACUUGUCUAAUGGAGAAGACGAUGGCGUCGUAGCCAUUCACGUUAAUUCAAAAUUGUAAAUUAAUUUGUAUUUUAUAGAAUAAACUAUUUUUUUAAAAA